AGAGACAGACAGAGCGAGAGACAGACAGGCAGAGAGAGACAGACAGGCAGAGAGAGAGGGACAGAUAGGCGGAGAGACAGACGGAGAGAGAGAGAGACAGGCGGAGAGACAGACAGACAGAACCUGACGACACGGACUCGCUGUGGUUCGGAGGACAGGUGGAGACAGACGGACAGAGAGAGAGACAGGGACACUCAGCCUGUCUGUCCGUCGGAGUAACAGCCUGUCUGUGGUUCGGAGGACAGGUGGAGACAGACCGGAUCAGAGAAGAUGUUUGAUGACUUGAUUGAAGCCUUCUGCAGUCUGGAGCCACCUGUGUCAGCAGGGGGUGGGGCCUGUCAUGGAGGGCGGGGCCUGGAUGAGGAGGAGGAGGAGGGGGAGGAGUCUAGUCUGAGUGUUGGACAGUUCGUCCUUUGUCAUUGGUCAGAUGGGCUGUACUACCUGGGCAAGAUCCAGAGGGUGAGCCCGCCCAGACAGAGCUGCUUUGUCACGUUUGAGGACAACUCGAAGUUCUGGGUCCUCUGGAAGGACAUCCAACACGCUGGAGUCCCAGGGGAGGAGCCUCGUUGCUCUGUGUGUCGGGAGGCGGAGCCAAGGUCUGAUAGCCAAUCAAACCAAAACAACCAGAUCCUCAUCUGUGGGAAGUGUGGCAUCGGGUUCCACCAGCAGUGUCACGUUCCUCCUGUAGAGGGCAGCAUCAGUCUCAGUCCCUGGUUCUGUCGACGCUGUGUCUUCGCUUUGGCUGUCAGGAAAGGGGGCGCUCUGAAGAAGGGUCCGAUAGCCAAAGCUCUGUCUGCGAUGAAGCAGGUGUUGCCGUAUGACCUGGACUCUCUGGACUGGGACUCGCAGCAUCGGACCAAUCAGCAACAGUGUUACUGUUACUGCAGUGGCCCUGGAGAGUGGUACCUGAAGAUGCUGCAGUGUUUCCGGUGUCAGCAGUGGUUCCAUGAAGCCUGUACCCAGUGUCUGCCGGAGUCCAUGAUGUUUGGAGACAGGUUCUACCUCUUCCUGUGUUCAGCCUGUAAUAAAGGAUCAGAGUACGUCCGCCGUCUGUCCCUCAGGUGGGUCGACCUGGUUCACCUGGUUCUGUACAAUCUGUCAGUCAGCAGCAAGAAGAAGUACUUUGAGCUGGAUGAGAUCCUCGCCUUCGUCUCUGCUAACUGGGAACACCUACAGCUCGGGAAGCUGUCUAACACUCCUCCAACAGAGAGGGGGCAGCACCUGCUGGACGCUCUGAACAAAUACAAGAGCAAGUUUCUGUGCGGGAAAGAGAUCAAGAAGAGGAAGUGCAUCUUUCGUCUGAGGACCAGAGUCCCUCCAAACCCCCCAUCCAAGCUCUUUCCUGAGCGCACCCAGAAUGACGGAGGCUGGGCCCGGAAGAAAGGCGUGGUCAAGAAUAGUGUUUCAACUGAGAGGAAGAAGAGGAAGUCCAAGUGGCUGCUUGAAGACGCCAUUCCUAAUAACGAGCUAUCCUGCAGAUGGACGUCCAACGAUCACAUGGCCAACAUCUUUGACUUCACUCUGGAUGAACUGCAGAGCCUGAAGAGUAGUUCCAGCAGGACGGUCAGUAUUGAUCAGGACUCCACUGAUGCCUCCACCUCUGGUUCUGCUACGACCAGCGCCUCCUAUCACUUCAGGAGGAGGGUGGGCAGCAGGAAGAGGAAGUUGCCUAGCAACAGCUACAGCCAGUGGGCCAAUCGCAGUGAGGCAGGGGAGGAGCUUGGAGGGGAGGAGCCUUCUGGGAUGCUGGAGGACAAAGAUGGCACAGACCACGCCCACUUGACAUCCGACUCCUCCCACUUCCUGUCAGACUCCUCCCAGAUCCCAUCUGACUCCUCCCACCUCCACUCCUCCAUCUCUUCGUAUUUCGGAGUGGCGGGCAGACUGACCAAUGGGGAGAGGUACCAGGUGUUAGCUCGACGUGUCACUUCUCAGGGGACGGUCCAGUACCUGCUGGAGUGGGAGGGGACAACACCUUAUUAGGGCAUACACAGAUGUCGUGUGAAGCUUUGAUUCCUCUUCCUCCGUUUUGUUUCCUGAUCAGCUCCCAGAACAGUGUGGCUGCGGAUUGGUCCAAAUCUCGUGUUUACCGAUCACCUGACCGAUCACCUGACCGACCACCUGACCGACCGCCUAUUGUUU